ACAUAACCUCCAACAGAAGUCAUUUGUCUUCAACUCAGUCCGGCUGUCCGGCGACCCCGUGUCAUAAUAAAGUUGCGCAAAAACCACCAGGAUUUCUCCAUAAUUCUCCUCGCAUCCUCCAUCGCCGGGAAAGAGCUAUGUCAUCUGCAUCAUCACCGUCCGGCGGCAGUAACGAACCAAACGUGAAGUUCCUGGACCGGAAAUUGGACAAGGCCCAAGUGGAGUUUAUGCGCCUCGUCGAGCAGCAGAACCUCGAGCGUGUGCAGCGUCUGAAGAAGAUCCGCCGCAACAACAUCCUGGUCGGGUGCGGACUAGGCGCGAGUGUCAUCGGGAUCUACUUGUACUCCAUGUUCAGCGUCGCCCAGGAGAAGUUCCUGGACGACUUCGAGGAGCCGAAGAAAGUGACCCAACAGCAGCAGUAAUUUAGCGUUAAGUCGUUACCCCUUAAUU